AUGAAUAAAGGAUAUAUUAAGAUUACUUUGGCACUUUUAAGUGUCGUAGGAUGUAUACAAAAUAUAGCAUUUGCAAGCGAAACUGCUGCAACCACUAAUUCUUUAAAUAAAGAAUAUAAACAACAAUUAUAUAUCGACCCUAAAGAAGCUAAACAAGCAGCAAAUGUUAUGGCCGAGGCUUUAUCGGUUGCAAAAAAGCUUGCCAUACAUACAAAUGAUUAUAAAUUAUAUUCUAAGAAAUAUGAAGGAGCAUCUCUAUAUUUUAAGAGAGUAAAUAAUACUGACAUUGCAAAGCUUGAAGUUACAAUCCCCGACCCCAAUUAUUAUGAUAGUAUAAUAAGCAUGCUAAUGGAUCCCAGGGCCCCAAAGAACUUCUAUAAUGCGCACGUUGAAGGAGCCAUUUCUCGAAUAUACGAUCCAAAUUUAGUAAUUAUAAAACAGUAUUACAGAAAUAAUUCUGGACCAUGUCAAAGAUAUUGUCAUCUAUUAGCCAAAAAAACUGAAUUAUCAAAAGACGAAACUGCAAUAGUCUUUGUUUCACCAGAUGUAAAUGAUCAUGAUAGUAAAAAUAAUAAAAAUUAUGUAAAUCCUAUCAUAAGACGUGUAAACUCAUUCAAGCCUGAUAUUAAUUCUCGAGGAAGUAUCAGAAAUCGAAAUGCAUUAAAAAUGUAUGUUAACUUAGCAGCAUUUUUCAUUAAAAAGGAAGCUGAUUGCGUUAAAGUUACCUUUGUUGGCUCUAUUGAUCUAAAUCUUUCUCCCAAAGCCAAAGAACACGCUGUUAAAAAAGUAACAUCCAGCAUUAUUCUUGAUAUUGCCAAAAUAAGGGAUAUUUUUAAAAACGAAUAA